UUUUUAAUUAUAUAUGCGACAAACCGGAAGUUAGGUAAACGAACAUGGCGACUCUUGCAAGAUUCGGAGAGUCGCUGUGCAAAGUCUGUCAAGGACACUUGAUACGUCAAUAUCAAACGAUAUCCAGUAGGACAUCACUGACACGGUACCGCAGAAGAAUUUACGUCCGUCAGUAUCCCACAACUGUAAUCUAUCCAGAUGGCUCGACAAUUACAGUGAGAUACAAGGAACCCAGAAAAAUCAUUACGUUGCCUGUUGAUCUCCAGGAGUUAUCCGAAGAAGAAGCUAAUGCAGUAAUUCGCAGAAGAACCCCACGGAAAAAGAUAACUGUGGUAGAAGAAUUUGAAGAUGACUUUGACUCUAAUAAAUACAAGCAUAUAUGGAAAAAGAAGUCUGUGAAAAGUUAAAAUACUGACAAAAGUCUACAAUAUUAAGGAGUGUGUUCAUGUCUAUUGUACUUGGAAGUGAUUUUACAAAGUUAUGUGAAAGGAAGAGUGUAAAAUAAAUGUAUAUCUCAUUAAU